AUGAUCUUGUAUUUUGUGCCGCCCGACGGAUGGACGGACGGAACAGCCGCAAGGGUGUGCAUUUUGGCAGUCUGCCAUUGCCGAGGGCGGGGGAGAGGCGCUUCGGUCUCGGCGCGGGGGAUGGAGGGGCGGGGGAGGCGGCCGCGGAGCCCGGAGCGGCGGAGGCCGCCGGCGAGGAAGGUGCCGGUGGUGUACUACCUCACGCGGAGCCGCCACCUCGAGCACCCGCACUUCGUCGAGGUGCCGGCGCCCUCCUCCUCCGACGGGCUCUACCUCCGAGAUGUGAUUCGUCACCUCAACAUGGUGCGCGGCAAGGGCAUGGCCUCCAUGUACUCCUGGUCCUGCAAGAGGAGCUACAAGAAUGGGUUUGUGUGGCACGAUCUCGCAGAGGACGACCUCGUCCUCCCGGCCACCGACGGCGAGUAUGUGCUCAAGGGCUCCGAGAUCCUGGACCAACCUUCUUCAGGUCAAUUUCACCAUGGUAGUAAUGGCAACCAGAAGCAGCAGAGCAGGGUGAAAGAGGGUAGUACAAGGUUGCCUUUGUCAAGGGAGGCCUCCUUCUCCUCCUCCCCACCCAGUGUGACAGUCAGAGAAGCCAAGCCUCGGCGCGUGCCAUCGGUGCCUUCGCGGGACGAGGACGACUCCCCCUCGCCCUGCCGGGGCACCUCCUCGGAGACAAUGUCGCCGGAGUCGGAGCCUCAGAGGACUGUCAUGUCACGGCCGACGCCGGCAGAAUUCAGGGUUUUCAAGCCCACCGGUUUGAUGGAUGCCGCAACUCAAACCGAUGACCUCGGCAGAAGAUCAGCUCGGAGAGCACCUGAGAUGCACAAGAAGAGUCUGAGCACUGAUCAUGACGCUGUGGUUCGUGAUGUUACCGAGUACCGGCAGCAGAGCCAUCCGCGCCGGUCGGCCGAGCUCCAGGGGAUCUCCAGGGAUGUCAUGUCCCACUGUGCCACUCCACUGAGCAUGGCCUCAACCCAUGGCAAGUCCGAGAGCUUGGAGUCGUUGAUACGUGCCGACAACGCGUCAGCUAACAGCUUCAGGAUUCUUGAGGAGGAUGACAUUGUCGUGCCGACCUGCCCGAAGCUGAGGCCGGCGAAUGUGCUGAUGCAGCUCAUCACCUGUGGUUCACUUUCAGUGAAGGAUCAUGACAACAUUGGCCUUGUUGGGGCUUACAAGCCAAGGUUCCCGAACCUGAAGUUCCCGUCGCCGCUGAUUUCUCGCUCCAUGAUGAUGGGUGAGCUCGAUUACCUAUCAGAGAACCCCAGAUUCAUUGGGACACGGAUUGAAGAUAAGGAGUAUUUUAGUGGGAGCAUCAUCGAGACCAAGACGCAGAGAGACGUUCCCGCCGAGAGGCACUCGGUGCUUAAAAGGUCUUCUUCGUAUAACGCAGAAAGGGGCGGCGAGAACCUCUGCGACUGCACGGGGCCCGAUGAAGAAGAGAUGGUACCGCGCUCGAGGUGCCUGCCCCGGACGCCAAUACUGUCAUCCUUGCUGCACCCGAAGAGCGAGACGCAGAAGUCCCCGGUAUCGGACUGCAGGAGGAGCUCCUCGGCCGGGCCGGACUCGAUUGACGGCGGGAGCAAGCGGUUCACCGACGCGUCGUCGAGGGUAGAGUCCUUCAGGAAGGAGAGCAAGGAGAAGCUCGUCAAGAUCGAGGAAAGUUAA